AAUGACGUCGCUCAAGCGGCUUAGAAUGUGGGGUAGAUAAAGAAAAAUGGCUUGCUCUAGGACCCAGGACCCAUCAGCGGGGUUAGCUCUCCCCUCUUCGUCUUUGACAAUCAGACAAUUCGAAACUGCCGGGGAGGCAGGGAGGAGCUUGAGGGGCACCAAAAGCACAUUACCGUUUGAUGCAGCAAUCGCAUCAUAGUACCUAAUUCAUAAUUCACUACGCUGUACAUAUUGGAAGCAUAAUCACACCGUUAGACUUAAUUGACUUCACAGAUCAUAUCUUUCUAUUCCAGACUCUUAACAUUUAUAUCACACGGUGGCAUUUAGACUAAUCGCAAAAAUGGCCGCCUUCGAGACCAAAGCCAGCAUCCCCAAUUUCGGCGGUAGGCUGCUCAAGCUGCAACACCAGUCCUCCAGCACAGGUACCCCUAUGGACGUAAACCUAUUCCUACCUCCCAACGCAGUCUCCGGGUCCAAGGUUCCCGUGCUAAUCUACCUAUCCGGUCUAACCUGCACGCCCCAAAACUGCACCGAGAAGGGCUUCUUCCAAGCGCACGCGGCGCGCAGGGGCAUCGCCAUCGUAUGGCCCGACACCUCGCCCCGCGGGGCCAACAUCCCCGGCGAGACGGAGAGCUGGGACUUCGGCGCGGGCGCGGGGUUCUACGUGGACGCGACGCAGGCGCCGUGGAGCGCGCACUACCGCAUGGAGUCGUACGUGGCCUCGGAGCUGCCCGCCGCGCUGUUCGCCGCCUUCCCCGCGACCCUCGACCCCGCGCGCGUCAGCAUCACGGGCCACAGCAUGGGCGGCCACGGCGCCCUCACCCUCUUCCUCAAACACCCCGGCAAGUACCGCAGCGUCAGCGCCUUCGCGCCCAUCGCUAACCCCUCCCGCUGCCCCUGGGGCGAGAAGGCUUUCUCCGGGUACCUCGGCCCGGACCGCGAGGCGUGGAAGAGGCACGAUGCUACGGAGCUGGUGAGGGGGUGGCCGGAGGGCGCGGAUAUUAAGGCGCUGGUCGAUGUGGGGACUGGGGAUAGCUUUUAUAAGCAGGGCCAGCUGUUGCCGGAGAACUUUGAGAAGGCGGUUAAGGAGGCGGGGGUCAAGGGGUUGGAGUUGAGGUUCCAGCCGGAUUACGAUCACUCGUACUUCUUCAUGUCGACGUUUGCCGAGGAUCACGUCGAGCAUGCUGCGAAGUACCUGUUCUCGUAGGAGCAUUUCUCUCCUUGAACGAUCGCAACACUUGGAAUCCGAUGGUAGAUAGAUCAUGUAUGCUUUUCUAAAUCUAAAUCUAGGACUCGCGAAGUUGGAGCGACGUAGAAUGAACAGAAGAAACUCUAGUAUUGGUGGUAGUUAACGGAGAAGGCAACAACAACAAGAAAUCUAAUUUAAGUAGAAGAUGCAAUUCGCCUGUCAUGAGAGAG